UAAUUAUGCUGUCUGCAAUAAUACCUAAAUUUCGAUAUUAUUAAAGAUUAAAACAACAUAUGGUAAUAUUGUUAGUUAACUUAAUUAGGAAAUAAAUCAGAAUAUCCGAAAAGAAAAUGUUGAUAUUUAGAGAACUUUUCAUAAAUAUUAAAAACCAUUAUGGGCAAAAAUGAAAUAAAAAGUAGAAGAUAAUAAAAACAGAAUAUAUUUAUUUUGCGGAUUGAUAUUUUUGUGUUAAUUAAAAUUUGCAUAUGAAAGUAGAUAAAUUUUUUAAAGGGUUUUAGUUUAUUUAGCACGUAUUCCUUAUAGAAGAAUAUUAUUUAACAAAGUCAAAUCAUUUUGUUUAGGAUUAGAAAGUGUAUAUCCUAGACCAAUAGUAGAAUAGGUUUUCAAGAAUGAAGUAUAAAAUGUAUUGAUAAAUGAGUUACCAUAAGAAUUAAUGUCAAAAUUUAUACAAUUAGAUAAUUAAUUACCAAUGGGAGUGACUAAGAAAUUUAUUAUACGUUGUCUAACAGAAUGUUAAGUAUCAUUAAGUAAAGAAUAGAAAAGAGAAUUCUAUUAAAAACAUGGAUUUUUUUAUGGAGUAAAUAGUAUAUAAAUAUAGAUAUAUUCUAAAAAUAGUGGAAUAAAUUUAAAAGAGCUAAAUAGUAUUUUAAAAGUUUAAAAUGUUGAUCCAAAAAGAUUAAUAGAUGUAUUUGAUACAUUAAGAGAUUAGGUAAUUUGAAAUGGUCAUCAUAUUAAUUUUUAGGAAAUACAAUAUUAGAAUAAAGCUUUAGAGAAGAUGAAUUAAAAGUAACCAUAAUAUAGUUGUAAUACUGCAGAUGCAAUUACAAGAAGAAUAUAACCUUAUUAUGAUAAAAUAUGAAUGUGUUAUU